UGGGCCUGGCGCUACUUGUACCUAUCCACUACUCUACACGUCGGCAUCAAAAUCAAAAUCACUAAUAAAUAAGGUAAACAAAACGUUGUCUGUAGUAAACCUUAAUCAAUAUCGCUUUUGAGUGUCAAUCAAAUCGAAUUAUCAGUAUUUAUAUUUUUUAUCAAAAUGAAUGAUUCGGAAAAUCUUCCUGAUAGUAUUAAACAAAUACAUCAAACCUUGAGCACUUACAUCAGACAAAGACAGGAUGCUCUGCAUGUUCGACGUGUCCUUGCUGCUCACCUAAAUUCUAAUGUGAAUGCUGGAGAAAGUAUCUUGACGCCUAUAAGUUCGUCUCUUCCAGAGCCUACUUCUGAUGUGAAGCAAGGAUUGGGUUUUCCGGGUGUUCAACAUGAAUAUCUACGCAGUCUUCAAGCUAAUUUGAAGGCCCAAAGAGAGUUUGCAAUUCUCAGUACACAGCAUGAUGAAACAGAAUCUCAUAGCGAGAUGCUAGCAAGGGCUCAAGACAAGGUUACAUCUAAGGAAGUAUCUUUGCACGCUUUUCUAGUUUUGGAAAAACAACGUCAGAGGCAAGAACGCUUUCGCAUUAUCCAAGAUAUCGUGGAUCAACUUGCACAGAAGCCCGCUGCUACACAAGCUUAUCUGGACCCAAAGAGCUCAGAAGUGCUGAGAGAUAUUGGAUCCUUACCGCCAGUACCGCCGAGUGUUAUAGCACCUAAAGAAUAUCACCAAGACUCUGAGAGAAUUGAAUUGAAAUCACUGGUCAAUCGACUGGAAAAGUCGGUCCUACGAGCACAGCUUCUCCUCAAAAAAGAGCAGAAGUUAUUGGCAAAAGUUAAAGCUGGAACCACCACGUCUACAGAUCAACAAGAACAGGGUAGUCGACAGCAAGCACUGGGAACAACCCGUAAUGAACUAAUUAACUGGAUCGAGAUGGAAUUGGGGAAAGCCGGAGAUUCAACACCAGCAACGGAGGGACAAGGCCCAAGUAUGCCGGAGCAUGAGGAGAAAGAAUACAUUGAUUCUCAACUUGCAUCCAUAAAGCAAAUAUAUGAGCAAUACCUUGAUAUUAGGAAAAGAUUAAUUGUCGCUGCUACUGGGGAUCUUACUACACCACUCCCUACAGAUGUUGGAACAGAAGAUUCAUCUAGCAUGCUCAUAGAAGAAAAUCCAAAUAACUCCCCGAACAUCACAAAUGUGCCGACAUAUCCUUACCUUGAAGAUUUGGUUUUCAUCUCAAACGAGCAGAAGUCCACCAUACAACAAAGGUCUUAUCUCACUAUGAGUCUCACAAGGCAACACAAAGAAGCCGGUAAAGAUUUGGAUAAGCUAGUCGACGAAAGCCAUCUCUUGCCUGCUUAUCCCAUGCAGACUAUUACCACCUCUCAAGGGAAAAGGCUUGGAGAUCCGAUAUCGUUCGAAGACGAUAUUUCGAAUAGCGAUAAGCCAAGCUCGUCCAGUCGAGCCAAAGCUUGGGUCUUUGCGGCCGAGUCAAGUAGCAUCGCGACUAAAGAGGCAGUUUUAGAAAGAUUAGAAGAUGGAGAAUCUGCUCUUACAGAAGCCUACAAAACUUUAAACGACCUUCAAAUCCUUUUGGGAUGUGUUUCCGAGGGGCAGGGUGUAGAAAGAGACCUACCUGUUGGCAGGCAAAAGCUUGGGAUCUCGAAUAUCGGAGGUGUUUGGUCGACUCUGGAUGGCAAUCUUGGUGUCAUAAGGACAGACGAUUUGAUGUCGGAUUAAACACAUUACAAAAGGCCUAGUGGUUGGGCUCCUUGAGGUUCAAACGUUAAUGCCUAGGUCGGACUAUAUAUGGUUUGUAUGUCCCAGACAUUGGAGUGCCAUCUGCUUGGUCUCAUGGUAACGAUAGCAAGAAAGCAGGGCGAAAUAUGGUGGAGUCGUUGUAUGAGGUAAAAUUGGACAAGUAUACAGCAUUAUUCUUUGUAGAUUAAAAUUUUUUUUCGAAAUAUUACCUACUUGACAACAAUCUCAA